CCAUCUUGGGUUCACGUGUGUGCGGGAAAAUAUGGCGGCUCUCGUGGAGCCCGUCGAGUUUUCUAAUAACGGCGAAUAUUUGGCGUACUCGAGCCCCGAUGGUCGACUCAAACUGUGGGAAGGCACCAGUGGCAAGCUCAAGCAAGAGUACACGCCCAGUGCGCACUUGUCCGCGACGUGCACAUGCCUGUCGUGGGGACCUACGCGGCACGACUUCGCAUCUCCAAAGAAGAAAAAGCGGCCCAGGACGAGCUCCAAUGACACGGCAGCAGCAGGUGCCAUCGCAGAAGCUGGGCUGUUGGCAAUGGGCACCGCUUCCGGCACCGUGGUGCUCUACAGCGUAGCGAAAGGGGACCUCCACUCCGAGCUGUCCAACGGCCACACAGCCGCGGUCCGGGGCCUCUCCUGGCACGCGGAGUCGGACUCCCUAUUCAGCUGUUCCGACGACCAACACAUAGUCCACUGGAGUGUCUCCUCGUGUAAAGUCAGAACCAAAUGGAAGGCGGACCGUCACAGCGUGCAUGCGGUGGCAGCGGUCGAUGCAGGCACAGUGUUGACAGCCAGCAGUAGUGUCAAGUGGUGGGACGUGGAGAGCAAGACUGUUCUCAUGAAGUUCACGGGCCAUGCGACGGAGGUGCGUCAGCUGCUUCCCGUGGUGCUGGCCGGCCCCAAAGGGGGCGAGUCCCGGUGCUACUUCCUCUCGUCGGCCGCCGGAGACCGCCAGCUGAGCGCCUGGCAGUUGCAGGCAGGGGGAAGCACGAGCGCCCUGGCGUGCCUGACGCUCUCUGACGACGCACUGCAUAUGGGAAUUUCAUCUUCCACAGGCAAUGCACGGAAAAUGCUCCUGUCGGCAGUCACCAGGACCGGCAUCCUGCACAUCUUCGACCUGCAGCUCAACGGGCGGUGCCAAACCCCUCUGCAGCCCCGUGCCACGGUGCAGAUGGCCUCUGGGGGCCCCAAUGGUCAGGCGCCCCACAAGCCCCAGCCCCUGCCCAUCCUGGCAGCGGGAUUCCUGGAGGGGGACUCCCUGCUGCUCUGCUACGGGACCUUCCUCAGGCCGGCCUUUGAGGUUCUGAAGGGUGUCGGAGAACUCCGUGGCCACAGCUGCCUGGUCAGGCAAACACGGACGGAGGCCUCUUCCAACAAGCUCGAAGAGGCUGCAUCCCUGGUGCGGCACCCCGUAGAGGUGAGCAAGGAGGUGACGAACCUGGCCCCCGGCCACCUGGCACCCAGGGUGGAGGCUCCUUCAAAGAAGACCGGACCGACGUCUCAGCUGCCCAUGGAGGAGCGACUCCGUGAAGAGGCCAGGGGUACCCCGGGGGGCCGAGAGCCUCCCCGUGCAGACAACCUGUGUCAGCUGCUGCUGCAGGGGCUGCAGAGCAACGACCCCCGGCUGCUCAGCAGCGUGCUCCAGCGGACGGACGACUCCCUGGUGCGCAACACGGUGCGGAGGCUGCCCCUGUCGAGCGUGCUGCCCCUGCUCAGGGAGCUGCACAAGCAGAUGCACUGCCGGGGAAGCGGAGUGUACCCGUACAUGAAGUGGACCAAGGCAGUGAUCUCUAUGCACACUUCAUACCUUAUGACGUGCCACGAGGCGAGCGGCCUGCUGACGCCCCUGCUGGAGCUGCUGGAGGCACGCACAGAGGUCUUCGACAAGGUCUGCAGGCUCCGCGGCAGGGUGGACCUCAUCAUGGCACAGGUGACUGCUCGGCACGAGGACACGCUCAAAGCACUGCCCACGGAGCCCCUGUGCAUCGUUCAGGACGAGUCGUCGGACGACGAGGACAUGGACCAGGACGGCCGUGGAUCUCCAGAAGUACAGAACAUGUGGGAGAUGUGGGAGGAGGACAGAAGCGAAGCGAGCGAAGAAGUGGAAGGCACGGGCGAGGAGGACUCCGCGGAAGAAGAAGAGGCGGCCGAAGACUCGGACGCAGCAUAGGAUGUUUCGUCGAACGCGCUCGACCGUCACCCCUGUACAGGCAGAACGAGACAUCCACGUGCAGAAGACCGCCACUCAGCAAAAUGUCGCCUUCCUUUCUAAACCUCGCUGUGGAAGGAAGGGACGGGAAAACAGAGAGGCAAUGCCUGGUGGCGAGGCUUCCAUUAUGCGAUUUGUUGGAAGGGGUGGGUGUCACGAACUUGCUGACUGCCACAAUUGGCCAGUGGCACGCGGCAAUUGGUCGGCGCCAAAGUCAUGCUUGGCGCUGGCCAAUCGCUGCGGUCAGCAACGUCGCCGGCUGUCUCUCCGAGCGUCCAACUCGGAGCCCCAGGUUCGACUUUUUCUAGCUCUUAACGCAAAGUUCGACCGAAGUUUGACUAUUACGCGCACGCGCGGAAAUUGAGAAAAAGCUAAACCGUGAAAAGUUACGUUAUGUUUCUGUUCUUACAUAAUUGUUGCUAAUCGUUUUCUGAGAUUUACAGCAAACUGGUGCGCAGGCUCUCUAACGUUUCUAGCUUGGGAAAUCACAAUUUCUGUCGAUAAACUGAAAGAUCAAUUACUUUUCUGUAAAAUUUUUUUUACUUUUUGCGUAUAAGUUGAGCAACAGUUUGGGAGAGUCUAACUUCGUCGAGUUUCAACAAAGGUUGGAAGGUUUGGCGUAUUAGUCGAACCUUGAGGUUGAACAAAAUUUUGUGACAUCCUUCAUCUCGCUAGUUGUGCACAGGGUUACCAAAGGUGCAGGGGCGAGAGCAUAACCCAAGCAGUUGGGGAGGAGAGGAACUCCCAUCUUACCCGGUCCACCAUAUUUUGUGUAUCCCAGACAGUGCUGUUCUCCCCCUCGGAGAUUAGCCCGUCACUUAAAAUCCUUACAUGAGCGGCUUUCCUCCUCCUUCCGCCCGUUUGUUUCGACAGUACUGCACGCAACUAGCGAGAUAGACUAUAAUUGGGAGGUUGCAGGUCGCACAAAAUUAGUCUCGGCAUGUCUGCUUUGCAAUGUCCUCGUCACAACCUUCCGUCAUAGUGCCAUCCGUAUUUUUUCCGGGUAUUUGGGGUAGAUGCAAGUUGUUUCCUGGGCACAUACUUUUUCUGCCCAUCUGCCUUUCUCGCCUUUGCCUCGGAGGGCAACAUGCUUAAACAGCCCUGGGAUUUUUAAAGUUGACGCACAGCAUGGUUUUUCAUUGCAUACUUCACAUUUUUGCUGCUUUGUUGCAGAAGGAAUGUGUUCUGAAGAUGGCUAAGGGGUUUGGAACUUCUUUUUCAUACUGUCGAGGAAGGAGGAGUUAAAUUUUGGAGUCAAAAGGGACGGUGCACAGGUGGUGAAGUGUACAGAACAUUCUGAACCGUGUAAAAAUGCCAGUGACAAAACGAUUAAAAAAAAACUCUUUGCAGUG